CUCCAAGCUAGAAAAAAAUAAAAAAUAUCAGGAGGUAUUUCCUCUGGUUCCCAGGCUGAGUUGCCUCUUAGAAGGGCUGGAUCUCCACCCCCAGAACCAUUCUGUUUAAUAAGCCAACCAUGCUUUCUCGGAGCGUUUCCUUGCAUGAGUGGCAUCCUACAAUAUAACAGAACCUGUAAAAGAAGAAAAGAACUACACAGCCAUCACUGCAUGUGUGUUUGCUCUUGGGGAAUGGCUAACCCUUAAGCACCUGUUUUUUGAAGUAACUAAAAUGGGUAUGUGCAGUCUAAUCUGAGGCCCGUUGACGUCACCCAUGCAGUCACACAUUGCAGUGUGAGAUAGGGGAACUGGUGUGGUUUCUUCAUGUAAUUUCCUGUUAAGAAAAGUGCAGUAGCUAUGCCAUUCAUUUCACAGGCUUCAGGACCCACGAUUACGCCAACGAAGGAAGCUUGUCAUUUUUCAUCCUGUCUUAUUAAACUUUUACAGAUUGUUUUUUGUUUUGUUUUUUUUAUCUACCUGGCUUUGGAGGAUCAUGUGCAUGGGUGGAAAAGAAGGUCGCUUGCUGUCGUACUCGAGGACCUGAACGUUUUCGGCGCCCAACUAUCUUUUGUGCCGGUUCUGGAGAAAACUGAAACACGGUCUGGAGGGACUGAAGAUUUUGCGUUCUAAAGAAAUAAAGAAAACAACUAUGCUGGACGAAAUCAAAACGCUGCCGCAGAGACCGGCUAAGCGGAGCUGUCCAGACGUGGACAGCUACGAGGAAAAGACGAACCUGCGCGUUUGGAAGCGUGAAUGCUUGCGGGGCCGGCUUAACAGGACAACGUGCAGGAGCGCUGGCAGAGUGCGCGAUGGCGCGGUGAACAGCCAGCAGCAAUGCAAGCGGCAGCUGGAGUUCCUGAAGCGGAGGCAGCUACCAGCAACCACUGCCCCCAGCAGUGAGGCCGAAGAGCCGAAGAACUGCGAGCCAAAGCCGGCGUUACGGUCAGCUAAGGUCCAGAGAGGAGACGCGGCUAUGAACAGGCGGUCGGUGGUCAUGUCGCACGACCUAGGAAUUACGUGGCCCGUGUUCCCUUCAGCCGCCGCUGAGAAGGCUCCCUGGCUGAGUAAAGGGAGGCCAUACCUGAGCACACAGCCUCCUGCACUGCCGGGUAAUCAGCUGCCUGGGGGCCCUGUCCGCUCCUCUGAACGGCUGCAACACCAGACCGUCAAACAGGAUGGAACCGUGAGAAGAGAGAGCGGAGUUCAGACCACCGAGGACGUAAAGCAAGACUCGAGUGUUCAAACUGAGAGUGGUGUAACUGCUGUCAUGGAAAAGGAAAUUCUUGAGCUUUCUGACUAUUUACAGGAGGCUCUUCGACGGGAACAGGCUCUUAAGCACAAGCUCUCUAUCCUGCAGCAGCUUAUCUCCACCUUGCUGUGCUCGUCAGAUAAGCUGUGGACGGCUCGGUUCAAUGAAGAUCUUAUGAAAUGCAAAAUUAGGUCUCUGGAAACACAGCUGCAGGUGUGCAUGCAGGGAAGCACCAAGAAGGGGGUGAUUGAGAUGGGGGAGCAGCAGCUGAGGUUUGAGGAGAAAGCCAAGGAGUCUCUGAAGAGAGCGCUGCUGGAGAAGAGUGCGGCCGAGGAGAAGCUGCAGAGCCUGCAGAGGGCUCAGCUGGCUUUGCAGCAGGAGAACUCCCAGCUGAAGGAUUCUUAUGAGAAGGUGAAGGAGAGCUGGGCUGAGCUCAGCAGGAAGCACACGCAGGGUGUGGACCAGCUGCAUGUCCUGCAGAGCAAGCUCCAGGGAGCGGAGAGCCGGGAGGUCGCGCUCCAGGCCAGGAUGGAGGGGCUGCAGCAGGACCGGGACGAGCUGGCGUCCCGAAUCGACGUGCUGGAGGAGGAGCAGCACCUGAAGAGAGAGCAGCUCGGCACCCUGACAGAAAAACUGAAGAGUCUUGAAGAUCAGAAAGCAACACAUGAUGUCAGGAGUACCAGCGUGUGGAACAUAAACUCGCAGCCGUUUCACGCUGGGGACAGAUUCUCGACGGACCAGGCUGGCCAGGGGGAAACCAAGCUGAGGCACCAACUGCUGGAAAUGAAGUCAAAGCUGGGAGCGAAAGAGAUGGAAUGCUCCGAGCUGCGGGGAGAGCUGGGAAUCCUGGAGGAUGAGUACCAGUCGUGCCAGUUGAAGCUGCGGCAGUGCAGGGAGGAAUUAAACCGCUUCCAGGGACGGAGAAGCCAGACGCGACACAGGAAAUGGAUCUGCCUGUCCGUGCUGUUGGUUGCCGUGGCGAUCGCAGCGUCCGCUUUUUCCCCAGACCUUUCCGAGCACAUGAACCUCUUGUUUGGAUUGUUAGAGAGAUGAUCAAACCAGUAUUUAAACUGACAUGUGAAGCACAGCCCCGCGUGGCUCACCCUGUGAAAGGUGCGCAGCGACUCCCGGGGGAACGGUUAUCCACACUUGUGAAUCUCGACUGACAUUCAUUAGCAGACCCCCUCUGUAGUGCGGAUUACUCUGAUUCUCUGUAUUGAACUUAGUAGCUUAAUUAAACUAAUAUAGGGAAACACCCCUAACAGACAAUAGAUUGAAGGGCUAGUGUAUCUACUGCAGGGGUGGAAAUCAGACUCCUAUUCCAUAGCAGCUUCACUCAUUCCAGGUUUUACUAGAAGCCUGGUUAGCCACAGUUUGUAGGCAACAAGCGCAGGCGUGUCAAAUAAAAACCAUAGUAAAACCUGGAAUUGCUAUGCAAUGGGAGUCUUAUUGCCAUCCCUGCCCUGUUUGAACAGGUACUCUGAAUCAAUCAGUCACAUGCUUCCACAAAGACCAUUUCUUGAUUUGAAGUAUUUUCUAAAGACUUCAAGACUGUUGAAGUUAGCUGCUUUAAGCAGUUCACAAAGAUCCUGUUUGAGGCGUGCCUUAUUGUUUCUAGAGCAUGUUUUACAAGCAUCACUGUUUUGUUUUUUUUUAUAGCCUUGUAUUUUGUUGCCAGUAGCACCAGUUUUGUGAAGGUGCCGAUGUUGUUUCAAUACUUUUGUACUGCCGUUUUGUAACGGGUUCUAAAAUAAAAUCUACAGCAUCCGCUGGGAACUGCAA